AUGUCCGACAGCACGUUGGCGAAAGUGCUUUGGAUCAACCUUGAUCGGCGCACGGACCGGGCGGCGAACCACGAAGGAUCGCUGGAGGAUGCCGGCCUGGAGGACUUCGGGGAGCGGUUCUCGGCGGUGGAGGGCCGCGACGUGGACUUCGACACGGUGCCCUUGUCCAUCCUCACCGCGGAGGGACGAAGACAGGCAUCUGACCCUCCCACCUUUGUCUUGGGCCGCGUGUUGACACCUGGUGCCAUUGGGCUUUGGCUCAGCUGGUACGAAGUUCUCUGCCGCAUCAUUGAAGAGGCGGAGGCCAAUGAGUGCUACCUGGUUGUCGAAGAUGACGCGGAGUAUGCCGAAGGAGCUGGCCCAGCUCUGUUCAGGCUUCUGGAAGCACUGGACACGUACGAUCCCCUGUGGCACGCCUGCGCUGUGGGCUUCAUCCGCUCGAAAUCUCGAUCUCAAGAGCUUCACUGGGGCAUCACCCGCCCCGCCUAUGCCACGGAGAUCGAGGAAGUUCUGAGACAGCCCAUCAAGCUCUGCGGAGCGACUGCAGUGCUGGUGCAUGGCCCCGAGGGGGCCACAGAGAUGCUUCAGAACUUGUUCCCCAUCGACGUGGACCAGCAGUUUGAUCUCAAGAUCACAAUGGCGGUGCACCACCCCCAGAGUACGCUCCGGUACUACUGCUCCGCUGCACCUUUGGCGACCGCCCCUUUGUCCGAAGCCGGCGACACGGACAUUCAGAGGAUUCCUCCAGAUCAACUUGCGCAACUCCAAGAGGAGGCGCUCAAACGCCACAGGAUGGGGGACAUGCUGCCGCGUGCGCCAGGCCCCGAGCACCCUGCAGAGCAAGGCCCACCGCAAGUCAACAGCUACACGGAGCCGGACACGAGCCGAGGCCCACCGCAAGUCAACAGCUACACGGAGCCGGACAAGAGCCGAGGCGCCCAGAAUUCCAAGGACCCAGGCCCACAAGUCAACAGCUACACGGAGCCGGACAAGAGCCGAGGCGCCCAGAAUUCCAAGGACCCAGGCCCACAAGUCAACAGCUACACGGAGCCGGACAAGAGCCGAGGCGCCCAGAAUUCCAAGGACCCAGGCCCACCGCAAGUCAACAGCUACACGGAGCCGGACAAGAGCCGAGGCGCCCAGAAUUCCAAGGACCCAGGCCCACCGCAAGUCAACAGCUACACGGAGCCGGACACGAGCCGAGGCGCCAGGAAUUGCAAGGACCCAGGCCCACCUGACCGGGCCUUGGAUGCUGGCCCUUCGCCCGGAAGCUGGAAGGAGCAUGCAGCCUAUGCAGGCUGCCUCCGCGGCGGAAGCUACGCAGAGUGCGGGAGGGUUCGGCUCUCUUGGCCCAGACGGAGGACGCAGCUGACGGCAUCCCAAGCGAAUAAGCGCUUGCCGCCCAGCCCAGAAGAGGAGGAGCUGGAGCAGCUCAGGUCCUUGGACAAGGGUGUGCCAGAGCUGCGACGGCUGCACGGGGAGGCCAUGGAGGCACAAAGGAGCGGGUCUGUGGACGCGAUCCAGGACUUGCAAGCUCAGCUACAAGAGGCAGUGGAAGCACGAGAUGAGAUUCUACGAGCGGCGCGCCCCUACGAGCCAGUACCUUGUCCUGAGACCCGCAAGCACGUGCUCCUGCGCCAGGUUCCGAAUGGAGACUCAGAAUCGAGGGCGAGAGCGCGAUUCCCCGCAGGCAAAAGGCGUGUCUUGAUCAUGGGUUUGUACCAUUCCUGCACCAACGCCUUGGCGAAGGAGUUGGAGCGGCGUUUCGACGUGGAGAUUCUAAAUGAUUGGCACACCAACAAGGCGCACCCCGACUGGAAGCACCGAGCGAACCGCCGCUCGCCGCCCGGGCUGGCGGAAGACGUCUUCUGCAUCCUGCUGGUGAAAGAGCCCCACUUCUGGCUGCAGAGCUGCAGCCGCGAGCUCCGGAACUUCUUUGAGAUCCGGCCGCUGGGCCAACACCGCCGAGAACUGCCGGCGCAGGAGCUGUGGCAGCUGCUGGGCCAGAUCGAGCACGACUCCUUGAUCUACGAGAACGCCAUGGACCUCUGGAAUGACACGGUGCGCAGCUACAUGGACGAUGAGGUGUACCCGAGUGACCAGGCAGUGAUCCUUCGCUCUGAGGACUUCCUUUUCAGCUUUCAUGAGGUGAUGACGACGCUGGGCAAGCUGGGAGCAUUGAAGGAGAAGAGCGGCUGCCUGGAGCCGCUGGAAGAGCGUGCCAAAGGUCACAAGGAGUGUCGGACCCGGGCCGAGGCUUUGCAGUUCUAUCGCCACCCGGAGAACCAGAAGGCAGCCUUCACCAGCGACCAGCUGGCCUUGGUAAGCUUCGUUCUCGACCAAAAGGCCUCCAAGUGCUCGGAUGCGGUUACGGGCAAUGCAAGUAAACUGGUUCUCAUGUGGCCUUACGUCAGCUGGACUACUGUGGCGCAGAUGCUGUCCGACGCUGGGGCGCAGCUGCACAUGUUUCACCUCUUCUUCGCGCUUGGUGCGGUCGCCAUCGCCAAGCGCCUGGAGCGGGCGGUGCCUUACGACGACGGCCGGGUGAGGCUGAGGAGCUUCGAUGAGGAUGAGCUGCAGCGAUUGCAGGAUGGGGAGGAACUGGAGAUGGUGAAGGUGAAGAGCAGUUUUCUGGAGGAGGAGGUCGGCGAGGUGGUGUUGCCGUCAGCAUGGCGGGGUCGCUUGCAAGUGGUGAGGCGGAUCGGCUCGGGGUCCUUCGGUGAAGUGUACCAGUGCAACGUGACCUGCAGCCCCUACGGCGGUGACGUGUCGAUGAAGUUGGUGAAGGACCCGCUGCCCAGGGACAGACGGGAGGCGGAGAUCUUGCAGCUGAUGUUUGGGGUGACUGACUACGUCAUCUCCUCGACCGGCUCGCCGGAUACGGUGAAGGAUGAAUCUGGGCUGUGGACCGUGAUGCCUUUUAUGAACUCAGGGGAGCUGCACGACUUUGAAGUCACCUGCCGAAGUUCCGUGCUGUGCGCGGAUCAGAACCACCAGCUGCUGCAGUGGGAGAAGCUGGGGAAGCCCUACAGCCAAGUCUAUAUUUGGGCCCUGAUGUUCCAGGUCAUGCAGGGGGUGCAGGCCUUGCAUAACCACGGCAUCACCCAUAUGGACCUCAAGCCGCAGAACAUCAUGAUCAAUUGCAACGGGCCGAAAUGCUUCGCCACGGUGAUCGACCUUGGCCUGGCGUGCUACCGCAACACGCUCCACAGAUAUCAAAAGUGCAGCUGGGGGGGGACGCCUGGGUUCAUUGCUCCCGAGGUGUGGUCGAGGACGAUGAUUGGGGCUGGGGCCAACGACGUGUUCUCACUGGGCGUGAUUCUGUACCGCCUGACCUACUUCAAAAUGCCACCCUUCCGGGGGGAUAGGAGUGGGCGCCUGACCGGAACCUACAGCCCAGAGAAGGACCCUCUCCUGCAGGGCGGGAUUGGCCAGCUGAUCGCGGCGAUGCUGAAGCAAGACGCUGUGGUUAGCCGCAUCCGCCUCGACCCAGCGCUGGAGGCGCUGGACAGACUCAUCAGGGCUGAGACGCAAGAUCUGGAGAUCUUGGAGAUGAUCAGUCAGAGCCCGGCGGAGCGGGGGGUGCAAGCGCCGCUCGCUGACUGCCUUUUCGAUGACGCCUCCUUCAGCGGCAUUGACAUAGGCGACGAGUCCUUCUCUAGGAAGUACUGCGUAAAUAGGCCGGUGGAGGCCAAUGGCUGGCUGUCCUGCGGCAUUUGCAUCGGCUGCAACCCCUGCUGCAAGUGUCAGGUGCUGCGCCAUGGGAGGCUGGUGAAGCACCACUUCCACAUGAGCCAGUGCCAGUGA